AGAUCAGGGGUCUCCAAACUAUGGCCCUCCAGCUGUUAAAGUACUACAAAUCCCAUCAUGCCUCUGCCUCUGGGAGUCCUGCCUGUGGCUGUCAGAGUCUUGCAAGGCCUCAUGGAACUGGCAGUUCCUCAACACCUGGAGGGCCAUAAUUUGGAGACCCCUGCCUCAAAGUUGUAUAGCUGUAUUGUGAGAUUUAAAGUGGUUGUAGAGGCAGGAGGUUUUUUACCUUCAUGCAUUUUAUGCAGAAAGUUAAAAAACCUCCUGCAUGCAGAUCCCCCCCUCCCUUGUAUUUACAUG